UAUGUCUGUGUGUGUCACGUCAGCUGAGCCUCCUGUCAGUCUGCGCUCGGGGCUCACCGCCUUCAUUUCCUGAGCUAACAAACAGCCUGUUUCGCUUUGACAGAUAACCGAGCAUCGAAAACACGCGCACCGUUUCACGAUAACGGCACAAAAACUCCCGGGCUGAAAUGUGGUCGGGGACACGCACAGUCCGUUGACGUAGGGGCCGUUGUUUGUGUCAGUCCGAGGCCGGCUCAGGUUGCCCAGCCAGCGGCUUACUGCUCUGCUAAAUCACCCCCUGUUAGCUCCUGAGUUAGCACGGCUAGCGUUAGCCAGCUGAGUGUGACAGGCUCGGCUUCUUAUCCCGGGAUAAAACAAAACAAACCGAGGAGGAAGGAAAAGGGAUGGUGCAGCCCCAGCCUGAUGGCCCGAUGCAGUGGGAGAUGUCAGGAGAGGAGAGCGGAGGGGCCCUCAGGGUCCCACCAGAGCUGGCUGCCAAUGAAGUAGUGACCAGGCUGCUGGGUGAUAACCAGCAGCUGAGAGAGGCCCUGCGGCGGAGCAACCUAGCCUUGCGUCAGCGCUGUGAGGAGAUGGAGGGAUGGCAGCGCAGGACAAGAGAGGAAAGAGAAUUCCUCAGCUGUCGUUUCCAGGAGGCCAGGGCCCUGGUGGAGAGGCUGGCCCAGGAGAACCACUCCUUACAGGGUUUGGUGAACGGACCAGCGUCCUCCUCGAACCACUGCUGCAGCUCCAGCCAGACUGAAGACCUGCAGGGGCGUCCAGCGAGGAAUGGACCACUGGAUGGACCACAAGUUAGUUAGUUGGGAUUCACAAUUCUGAUAUGAUGCUCAUAUUCACACAUUGUCACAAGUUUUUUAUUUUAUUUUUUUAUUUGUGCGGUAAGGUGUUUACAGAUAGGACACAGGACAAAUACAGAGACAAAUACAGUGAUACAAAGUGAUGACAGAGGCGAGCUGCAUGAAGAAUGGUUGGGUGUACAUGACAUGAGAUCAAGUAGGUGGGUGGGUAUGUAGUAAAUAAGAGAUCAGAGAUGAAAAGAGAGUGUGAGAGGGGCAGCACCUUAAGAAAGAGUAAAAAAGUAGUAGUAGUAGUAAUAAUAAAAAUAAACAAAAAAAAUAUCAAUAAUAAUGAUAAUAUUAAUAACAACCAUCACACCAACAAUAGCAAGAAAUGGGACCUUGUGUGUGUGUGUGUGUGUGUGUGUGUGUGUGUGUGUCCCUGUGUGAAUAAUUGCACUGAUUGGCUGGGGAAUAUCAAUUAUCAAUAUAUAUGUUGAAGAUGGAGAAAUUCUUGAACUGCCUGAUAGAGAUGACCUGUCAAUGGAGGGAAGUAGUCAGCUUUAUUUUUUUUACAAUUAUUAUAGGUUUUAAGGCCGUACCACACGUAACCCCACACUUUAUACACUUCU